AUGUCAAGCACCGAUCCUGCAACAUCAAUUUCCCUAGAACUAGGGUUUGGUAUCAGAGAAUUUUAUCAUGACGCCGAAGAAAAGUCAAAGAUAAUAGUGCAAGAAAUGGAGAGAAUAUCAAGAGAAGUGCGAGAAUCUGAAUUUUACUCUCAACUAUGCAAGCAGAUUGAAAGUGAGGAAUUUCAAAGUAAGUUAAGUCGUACCUUAGGCUCUCAUUUCUAUGAUGUUACCAUGGUUAUUUAUGCUAUAGGGAGCUUGGAAAGAGCCACUCCUCCAAAAUAUCAAUUGGCCUUUGCACUUUUGUUACAACAAGACUUCUUUGGCUGGAUUACUAGAAUAGAAGUGUUCGAUCCCUCGCUAUCUCUAGCAGAUAUCCUUGUCCUAGAAAAAUUCGGAUGCACCGUUUUAUGGAUGAACGAGGAGUGUCGGAGACGGGUUGACAGUCCAACCUUGUUUUUUAUGCCUUAUGCCUCGAAGAGUCUCCAAGGGAAUUUAUUGGAAGCAAAUUGGUGGCCUUCAAAUAUAAACCAGGUGAUUUUGUUGACAAAUAGAUUGAGUGCUACCGUAGAAGAUUAUCAUGAUUUCUUACGUGAUGGAACUAUAUUUAACUUGGACUCUUUCAUGGAGAAUUGGGAAUAUCUGGAGGCUAUUCAUAAAUGCAUCCAAGAGAUCAACAUCCAUACAAACUCUGAAAAUUUUGCUGAUAGUUUCCUGGCUCACCUUAAAGAUGUUACUAACAAUAGAUGCAAUAUCUGGAGGCUAUUCAAAAUUAUACUGAAGAGAUGA